AUGGUAUCAAUCACAAUUGAAAAAUCUGAUCAAUUUCUGGGGUCUUUUGAAGAGUCGCAGACUAGAGUAGCGUUAAUUGUCAAAGGGGAAGAACAACAGAGGCAAACUAUCGCAAUUAAGGUGGGGUCUUUACUGACUGAGCAUGAAGAGGUGAUGACUGAGCCCACCAGAUUGCCACCCUUGCGUGACAUUCAAUAUCAGAUUGACUUAAUACUUGGAGCCAGCCUGGCAAAUUCAUCUCACUAUCGCAUGAGUCCAAAAGAGAACCAAGUUUUGCGAAUGCAGGUGGAAGAUUUGUUGGCCAAAGGGCUUGACGAUUUGCUUGAUCAAAUGCAUGAAGCCAAGGUGUUCUCAAAGAUUGAUUUGAAGAGUGGCUACCAUCAGAUACGCAUUAAACCCAGAGAUGAAUGGAAAACAACUUUCAAGACGAAAGAUGGCUUGUACGAGUGCAAUGAAGGAGUCCAAGUAGACGAAAAGAAAGUAAAGGCCAUCCGAGAUUGGAAGACGCCAAGAAUUGUUAUUGAAGUCCGAAGUUUCCAUGGGCUCACAACUUUUUAUCAGAGGGUUAUCCGAAACUUUAGUGGAAUUGUGGCCCCAAUCACUAACUGCCUGAAGAAAGGGAGAUUUGAAUGGGGAGAAAAUGCCAAAAAGAGUUUUGAGUUGAUUAAAGAGAAACUAAUAACAGCCCCAAUACUCGCCUUGCCAAACUUUGAGAAGACAUGGGAAGCAUAUUUAUUACCAAGGGAGUUUAUUAUUUACUCAGACCAUCAAGCUCUUAAACAUUUUAGAACUCAAAAGCACGUGGAUCGCAUGCUAGCAAGAUGGGUUGCCUACUUAGAGAAGUUUAAUUUUGUGAUUGUUCAUAAGUCCGGAGCAACCAACCGAGUAGCUGAUGCAUUAAGUCGACGAGCUACAUUAUUGACACAAGUAGUGCCUGAGGUAAUUGGCUUUGAUCAACUUAAGGACUUGUAUGAGAAUGAUGAAGAUUUUGGGGAUAGUUGGAGAAAGCAUGUGUUGAACUUACCCAAAGGAGACUUCGUAGCUCAAGAGGGUUACUUGUUCAAAGGAAACUGA